AUAAAUAGCCUGCUGCAUGAAUGUGUGAGAUGCAAAUUGGAGCCAGAUCGAGCUUGAUCUAUUGCAGUGCAGCUAUUAGUACUAGUUAGCAUCACUUGGCUUGAUUUGCAUCAUAUAGCUAGGUGUAAGCCUCGUCAUUUGGCUAGAGAGAUGGGGCGUUAUGCUUUGGGUGACUGCAAGCCUACGGCAACAAUGUUGGCGGUUGUUGUUGUGUUUGCCGUGCUCAACACACUGACAAAGAUGGCUUUCAACCAAGGGAUGCACACCACCGUCCUCAUCACACUUCGCCAGCUCACUGCCUUCAUCUUCCUCGCCCCAAUCGCAUACUUCCGAGAGAGGAAGACAAGACCUAAACUUACAGUUGAGAUCUUUGUGUAUCUCUUCUUCAGUGCAGUGCUUGGUGCCUCACUUACUCAGUGGCUAUUUUUCGUGGGGCUACAAUACACUACAGCAACAUUUGCAUGUGCCUUCAUCAACAUGACUCCAAUGUUCACUUUCCUUGUGGCACUUCCCUUUGGGAUGGAAAAGCUAGUCCUGAAGACUGGAGCCGGCAUAGCAAAGGUGAUUGGCACAACAGUAGGGUUCACAGGAGCUAUGCUGCUUGCACUCUACCAAGGUCCAUCACUGAUCAAAUCCCCAUCCCCACCAAUGGAGUCUGUAGCUGGGGCAUCACCACAGCAAGGGCCCACCGUGGGCCAUGGUGCUCAUAGAUGGGUGAUUGGGUCCUUGGCCCUGCUGGCCGGAUCAGCAUGUUGGUCCUUCUGGUUCAUUCUCCAGUCAAGGCUGGGGAAGAAGUACCCAGCACUCUACUCUGGAACUGCCUUCGUGUUCUUGCUCAGCUUUCUUCAGAUGGCUGCUGUUGGGCUAGCUACAGAGAAAGACUUCUCUGUGUGGAUCCUAAGAAGCAAGCUCCAGAUCAUCACUGUGCUGUUUAUGGGGAUAAUGGGGUCUGGAACAGGUUUCUUGGCCAUGUCUUGGUGCAUAGAGCAAAGAGGUCCAGUCUUCACAACUGCAUUCACACCUCUGAUCCAAGUUACAGCAGCUGGUGUCAACAUCGUUGCUCUCCACGAACAGCUCCAUGUUGGAAGUGUGCUGGGUUCUGCUCUUGUGGUUGCUGGGUUAUACUUUGUCCUCUGGGCAAAAACCAAAGAGGCAUCAGAUGCUCCUCCAUCCAACACUGAAUUGGAAGAAAAAUCCAAGCAAGCAACGCAGACAGAGGUUGUAUGAUAAGCAGCAGGCAUAACAAAAAGGAGGAAGUUUCUACGUGCGGGAUCGAGGAUCUGAAAAAAAAAGAACUAGGAUCUUAUUUAAUUUCCUCCUUUGUCGGAAACAAGAGAAAUCAAUUUUAUUCUCAGAAAGAAAAGAGAGAGAGAUAAAUCAAGUUUUGUAUGUCCAAACCGGUCUAUCGUCAACUCAAGUUUUGUAUGUCCAAACUGGUCUAUCGUCAAGUCUUGUUUUGUAUGUGCAUACCAGUCUAUGCUCAGAGUUAUGUAUUCGCUCAGAGCAAAAGAGACUACGCUAUUAUGAGUUAUAA